AUUCUUUGCAUUCUCUUUCCACCGAACGACAAUGAGGUCGCCGCUGUAGCAACGUAGAUGCUGUUGCAAUGAUUGCCGGGAAAUAUACUGAGAAAACUACUGCAGCGGAGAGCUCGUGUGACGACUAACUAGACAGGCUUGCAAGAUUCCGAAAUAGCAAAAGAGGGUUUUCUAGUUUUAUUUUACAGGUUUUCAAGAAACAUACAAUCGCAUAACGCUAAAAUGGCAGGAAGUGCAGGGGAGUGGUGUCUCAUGGAAAGCGACCCGGGGGUUUUCACAGAAUUGAUAAAGGGCUUUGGGUGCAAAGGAGCACAGGUUGAGGAGAUAUGGAGUAUGGAACCUGAAAACUUUGACAAGCUGAAACCGGUUCAUGGAUUAAUUUUCCUUUUCAAAUGGCAGCCUGGGGAAGAGCCUGCAGGUUCUAUUGUUCAAGACUCAAGGCUUGACCAUAUCUUCUUUGCCAAGCAGGUCAUCAACAAUGCGUGUGCUACACAAGCCAUUGUCAGUGUUUUACUCAAUUGCUCACAUCCUGACAUGGUUCUUGGAGAAACAUUGACCGAGUUCAGAGAAUUCUCACAAAGUUUUGAUGCUGCUAUGAAAGGUCUGGCCUUGAGCAACUCUGAAGUGAUUCGACAGGUCCAUAAUGGCUUUGCCAGACAGCAGAUGUUUGAAUUUGAUGCAAAGUCAUCUGCAAAGGAUGAAGAUGCAUUUCACUUUGUGAGCUAUGUUCCAGUUAAUGGCAGGCUUUAUGAACUGGAUGGACUUCGUGAAGGACCAAUUGACCUUGGUGUCUGUAACCAGGAUGACUGGAUAAGCGCAGUUCGGCCUGUUAUCGAAAAAAGGAUACAGAAGUACAGUGAAGGAGAAAUCCGUUUCAACUUAAUGGCAAUUGUGUCAGACAGAAAGAUGAUUUAUGAGCGCAAAAUUGCCCAGUUACAGGCUCAGCUCACGGAAGAGGAACCGAUGGACACAGACCAGAGCAGCAACCUGCUCAGUUCGAUUCAGUCAGAAAUUGCUAAGUACCAACUCCUAAUUGAUGAAGAGAAUCAAAAGCUGAAGCGAUAUAAAAUUGAAAACAUUAGAAGAAAACACAACUACCUGCCCUUCAUCAUGGAACUGUUAAAGACACUGGCUGAGUACCAACAAUUGAUACCGUUAGUGGAAAAGGCAAAAGAAAAGCAAAGUGCCAAAAAAGUGCAAGAAGCUAAGUGACAAUAUACUGUUCUUUAAUGUUCGUCUGAAUGGCCACGGAUAAACCUCACCAGUCUUCUGUACCCCCUGUGGUGAGCACAGGGUAUUCAACUGUAGACUGUCUUGCAUUUGGUAAUGAGCUGUAACAUGCAUGUAAGGAAAUGUUUAAAUAAACAUGUCUAUUAUUUUCAUGUAUAAAUUCUAUGGAUGUUUAUAUUUGCAAUGGUGACUCAAGUCUUAACAAAAGAUGUCCCUUGAUUUCAUUGUACAUUCUCUUAUGGUUUGUUGUGAAUGCUUAGUGAGCUGUUCUCAUUGGCCUAUUGAAGGUUUGUCACCAGUAUUGGAGUAUAAAAGACUUUAUAGAUCACCCAAAUUACUUCUUUCUGUUCUGGCAGCAGAUUUGAAUAUAUACUAAUUGUGAAAUGUUUUCUAAAGUAGGAAGCCAUGUUGAUUUCUUAAGUUUGUUGUGCCAAUGGGUAUUUUGGAUAUCUUGUUCGACGAUGCUUAUCAGGAAUUGCCCCGGUGUGACAUUUGAUGUGUAGGCCAAUCUUGUCAUGAAUCCCUGCUGUCAGUGAAGACAAAAGCAAAGCGCAGUUUACCAAAGAGCAUCUUUCCAGUUAAUAGUGAAAAUAUUUUCAGUUUUUUGCUGAAUAUGUCCUUAUGUGCAUGUUCAAGUACAUCAAUGAUGGUGGUGUCUGUCAACCAACUUUUUACCGACUUACUCUGAAGUGUCCUUUGAUAUAUGUUCUUUGAUAUAUUUUCUAGAGAACUGUACCACUGCCUCUGGAUAUGAUAUCUAAAAUGGUUAAUGCAAUGAAGUACCAAAUUAGUCUGAUAGGGCGGUCAUUGAGUUAUAUGUAACCAUAAAUAAAUAGCAAUUGAAAAAUGUGAAUCAAGUGCAUGUGACCCAGAUUUGCCAUAAAACACUAAAACACUGGGACAUACUGACCAUGUUUGAUUGUGUAACCCUUUGCAGUGUACUUUGACAAAUGUACAGCUGACUUUUAAUGGGACACGUCUUGAUCUUAGUCUUUAAGAUUGACAGAGAUAUUUAAGUGAUGACUGAUGAGAAGCCACUCCUUGUGCUGUCAAAUUUGUUGGUUUUAAUAGGGAAUUUACAUGAAAGCACAUGAAUUUUCAAAUUAUGCUCACCAGAAGUGCCCAGGCAAGUCAUUACCCACCACAAAUGAACAAGCAGCAUCUUUAUCUUCCUCAAAAGGAUUCUGUAUUUACACUUUGUAUGUAAAAUUCCUUUCACUCCUUUCACUUCCUCAGAAAAAACGUACAGUACAGUGAAACAAUACAAUUUAAUGUGUCCUGAAAAAUCA